CCGCCUGUCAACAACCUCGUCCGGGAUUCGGUUUACUUCAUGUCCACCUGCCGGCCCCUCAAGAACUAAAUUACUUCGGACUUUUUUCAGCCCAAGCUCUUGAGUAUGCCUCUUUCAGAAUUGGAUUUUACCGUGUCCGACUUCGACCCUGAACACGAAGCGUUGGCAUCCACCCGCGAGUUCGGCAGUCCGCAGCUCCCCAAUAUGAGACGCUCCCACGAAGAAGAAGACGAGCCAGACUUUGUGAUCAACACGUCAACGUUGGAGCGCGCCUUCCCCGAGUUUUCUCAACUGCCCACAUCGGAAGAAGAAGACAACGAAGGAGACCAGCCCAGAAAUCUAGACCGCGACACCAUGUCCGAUGUGAGCGAACUGUCCAUGGAGAUGGGCCGUGGUCCCUCGGGCAAACCCUCUCGUCGCCUCGAUGACUCUCGCGACUCCGUCAUGUCGUUCCAGAAUAGCAUCCGCUCCUCCUCCCCCGCCGUUCGCGUCGACUACCCGACACCCCAAAAACAACCCGCCGCGCGUACGACAGCCCGACGCGCCGUGAGCGAGAACCUCCGAAAAGAUGCUCAAUUGCGACGCGCAACUCAAGCCCAGAAGGAAACCAUGAGCCCUCAAGUGUCUGGCAAAUCACAACGUGACCAGCGGAGGACACUGUCGGAGAUGCACGCGAAAGUACGCGACAACUACGACGGGUCAUUCAUUGGAGAUGAACGUCCGGCUCCAGUUCCAACCAACACGCGAUCAACGCGCUUCGGUAACCUCAAUAAUUCCCAAGAAAUUGCCGAUGCCGUCGAGCGUGCUUCGCGGGAAGCAUACGCAAAGGAGAUGCGUAAAGCUAAUGGUGGGGGCACUCCCCGCAAGACAAGCAACAACCACACCAACACUAUGGGUGACACCAUGACACACCAGUCUUUCCUCCUUCCCGAUCUCCCAAAUAUCUCCGAGCUCGUUUCGGGUGUGUAUGAAGACGGCACGCCCGUCUUUCCUCGUCAGCACAAGAUGCGUUCCACUCGAUUCGUGUCACCACCUCAUGACGCGACCGACGUUUCCUUUUCGCGUGAACAUAUGCCUCUCGAUGCUGUUCCAAUUCCUGAAGAUGAGAAGGCGUUGUUCGUUUCCCUCCGUCUCCUACAAGAUAAGGUCGCAGAGUUGGAGAUGUACAAAUCUGACGCAGAGAGACGAAUUGAAAACUACCGAGAGGAAAAUGCAGUGCUCAAGGCUGGCCGGUCUCGGAAUGCCGAAAAAUACGCAAUGGAAGAUGCCGACUAUAAGAAGGGCUCAAAGCGCCACCACUCGGAAAUUCAGAAGCUCGAAGCUGCCAAUAUCGCCUUGCAGAAUCAAUUGGACAUUGCCGACCGCAAAUCUCAAGUCCAGGAGGCAGCGGUUAAACGCCUUAACCAUGAGAGAGAAUCCGCCAUUUCCCAAUUGGGCGUGGCAUAUCUCGAGACUAGAGAACUCAAGGCUGAGAACGAUCAACUGCGCGAAGAGAAUGCAAAUCUAAGGUCUCAACUGGCCCGCGUCUCGGGCAAGUCUCGCGACCAGGAGGUUUCGGAAACGGAUUCCAGCAUCUCUGGUUCUGAUCCCGACGACAGCAAUGUCUAUAGCACCGACGUGAGCCGCAGCACAAGGAAUCUUACCUCCAAGAGCAGCCGCAACAAUUUGAAGUCCAAGCAUCAAGAUGACUCCCGGGCCAAGAUUUCGACCCAGGUGGAUAAGGAGAUCUCUCGCCUGGAGAAGGAGCGGGCAGAGGAGGCGCUAUUUUCGAUUGACAUGCCGACCUCAAAGCGGACAUCAGCAUCCAAGUCAGGUAAAUCUGGCCGUUCUGAAUCUAAGGGAUCCAGGAAACAGCCAAAUACCUCUAAGCAGCGUGUCAAGCGUGUGAUUCUGGAAGAUAUAAGCAGUGCAGUUGAAUCUACUGAACAGACGAAGGGGUCGACAGAGGUAGAGGAUCUCACACUGCUGAGCGUUAUUGAUGAACAUGAGAUUGCCCGGCUUCGAAAGACAUUAGAGGAAGAACGAUUGUCGCGCAAGCAGCGCCGAUCCAGUGCUACAAAGGACACCACUGCCACGGAGACUGUGAACUCAACCCGCCAGAGCAUCCUCAAGGCCCCCCUUCCACGCAAAUCAUCUCUCCGUGAACCUAAGCCCACCAUCUCCCGCCCUGCAUCAGCUGCAGGCGAUGUCACCACCAGGUCGGCAGCUACGACGGAUGGUGAUACCAGUCUCGUUGUCCCUACUGCCGAACGGCCGAGACGUCAUUCAGACCAUUCCGUGGCUUCACUGUCACAACGCAAGAAGCGCAGGAAUAUUGAAGACAUGACCUCCGCCUUCAUUCUACCCGACAUCACCCUGAGCCGCGCAGAGCUGGCGGGCAACAACCCCUCUCGCCUGUCCGAGUCAGCUCAGCGAAUUCUGGACGACAUUGCUCAGCAUGACGGUAACAACUGCAUGAUUUGCAAGAACGUUCUUCCUCACGAAGGCCCUUGCAACCACGAGGCUGUCAAGAUCCCUACGCCCAUCCCCGUUUCAGAGCGCAUGCCGGCAACAGAAGACCCGACCAUGCGUCCUUCUCAGCCUCCUGCUGUUGCCCUUGCCACCGUCCUCAAGACGCUGGAAGACGAACUCUCUCAUUUGAAAAUGCAGCUCGCCUCUUACCAAAGUGCCUAUAACAAGCUUGACGCAUCGCUCGGCAAGCGCCAGCGCAAAGCAGUCAUGCAGAAGAUCGAGACUGUGCUCAAGGACAUCGAUCUCAAGUCUGAUCAGAUCUAUGCCCUCUACGACGUUCUGGAAACCUGCAAGGGCGAGAUCACGAAGCGAGAUCUUGAUAUAACCUUGGAAUCCAUUGGUAUUGAUGUGACCGCGAACAGCGCUAAGUCUCGUUCUGGUCUGGUCGACUUGGAGGAUGAAGAUGAAGAUGACUUGCCUUGGGAGGGCAUUGAGAGUACUGCUGAGUUGACUGGUCGCACAUAAAUUGUGGGGUUUGGGUACUGCGUGUUUUUGUUAGCUAUUGGCGACUGUAAUAUUUUUGCGAAUGGUAUUUCUACUGGAAAUUUUUUAUCCUCACUGCGAGUUUCUUGUCUUUUUCAUCUCCCGAAGGUUGACCCUGAAAUCAGAGCUUGUAAAGUGGCGUGUCACAAUUUUUAUAGAGAUCUUCAGCUAAGUGUAGAGAUAAGAUGCUCGUUCUUCAUUCAAUCCAGAAGUUAUUUCCAAGCUACCUAGUGUUUGAUAUAGAAAAGUCAAAGAAAAACGCCGUCGCUAUGCCCAAUUUCUCAAUCAUGCCAACUACCUAUGCAGCUUUUUGACCAACGGCAGCCAUCGCAGCUCCUUCAGUAGCAGCAGGCUUUGAAAUACCGAGAGGAGAGGAAGCAUCACGCUGUGCAACCUCCUCCUGAACGAAGCAACCCAGACCAGCAAACGCCUCCAGAAGAGUGCGCGAAUAAUAUUCCUGCAGAUCGUAUCCACCAGCCUGGACAGUCGUAUCUGAUCGAAGUUUGUCCAAAAAGGCAUACGGAUAGGACUCCAGUUGAGUAUAGUAAUCGCGUUUGCCAGGCACAAAACCCAUAAACGGAUCGUACGGCUUCUCUGGCUCAGGAGUCUUGAUCUUCCGCAGACCCUUGAUAAGUCCAGCUCCCGGUGUAGGACCGGCAGUAUCGGCCGCCGUGAGAGGUGUCCCCGUACGCCUGACCUCCGUUCCGCGAAGAGCAGCCUGUUUCUGCCGAAUACGAUCCUCUUCACUGCGCCGUGCUGACGACUUCUUGAGGUGCACCUUGUGUCCCUCGCGAGCUAUCGCCGCUGCAUCUGCGGCGGAGCCGGAGGCAAGACGGGUGAGGAAGUCUUCCCGUGUAGCCUGUUGCUCGCGCCGCUCGGUCUCGUAUUCCUCCCUGGCGAUCUGUUGGCGCAUUCGAGCUUCUUCUUGUUCCAGGAGGAUCUUCCUUUGGAAUGACGUUGCCUCUUGUUCCUCGAGUGCUUGGUUUGCUUUUAUUGAUUGCAUGUUCUGUUGUGCGUAGGCUUGUAGUUGGGCUUCCGUCUUCGCCACGUCGGUUCGGCAUACUAGGUUGGCGAUUAUUUCUUCGCGUUGUUCGAGGAAAUCGUCGUAGGCGCGCUUUGAAUCGAAUUCUUCUUCGC